AGCAGCCAGCAUCUGUACAGCCAAGACAAUUGGUAAACACGUACACAACGAUUUGUAAUUGACUUUAAGAGCCAUAAUGCUUUCGCAUGGACUGCGCAAUCAAUGUAAACAGAUGAUCGUAUAACUCGGCAACGUAUCCGUGAAGUUUACAAAGUUUACCAAGCAAACCGAUAUUAAUGUCAUUUUCGAAAAUUCCCAACCCAUCCCAUCUGCAGUUUCCUCUCAGUGAAGUGAAUAAUAGCCCAUAGGCGCGUGUUAGCAAUGCAGAAUUCCCCGGCUCCAUGUGCCUGGUACUUGCCCUGGUCCCUGGCCGCCCAGCAGCACCAGCAGAAGAUGCUGCAGAUGCAGUCACCGUUUCUGGACAAGAUGGGCGCCCCCUCGGUGGGCGGCAUCUUCGCCGGCCAGCCGCAGAUGCAGCAGCAACUGUCGCCCAACACGGCAGCAGCACCGCCGGCAAACUACCAGCAGCCCGCUUUGCAUCCAAGCGCCGCUCCAGGAGCACACUUCCACAUGGGAUCCCCAUAUAGCCACCUGGCACCACAGCUCCUCAACGCCGGACAGCUGAACCAGAACGCACUCAUGCACUCCGCCAUGCACUUCUCCUCCCUGCCACUUGGAGCCUACUAUGCACCCGCCGCCGGCGGAGGUCACACGGCCUUUGGUGGCGUUCCCCUGACAUCGGCUGCCCAGCAAUCCCUACUGGCCGCCACUGGAGGAGCACCGGCUGGCCACUUGGCCAACCAGCAGACGGCUGCCCAAGUGCCCGUCCAGGUGCCCGUGCAGAUGACCCAGCGUGCAGCUCCUGCCGCCUGCUCCAUGGUCCAGCCACUCAACUGCCUGCCGCACCAGGAACUGAAUCACCUGUCGUCCAUCAAUCUCAACCUGCUGCGCAGCCCGGCUCCUCCGCUCCCAGCCAUCCAGGUUUUGCCAAGUGCCGAGGUGCCGAUUAAUAAAAAGACUACUUCUCCAAGGGACUCUGAGCAUCUGAAAAUCAAGGUUCCAGAGAAGCGGAAAACAGAUGAUAAUGAUCAAAUAAAAGAACUAAAGAAAGCUAAGUUGGAGACAAAAGCAUUGAAGGCUAAGAGGCCGGGAUUCACGGAUGAAAGAUACCAGGAAACGUCCUACUAUAUGGAAAAUGGUCUUCGCAAGGUAUAUCCGUACUACUUCACAUUCACAACAUUUACAAAGGGACGCUGGGUGGGCGAAAAGAUAUUGGAUAUAUUCUCCCGGGAAUUUCGGGCACAUCCCGCCGAGGAAUACGAACGUUGUAUUCAAACUGGCACACUGACAGUCAACUUUGAGAAGGUACCCAUUGACUACCGGCUGAAACAUAACGAUCUACUCGCAAAUAUUGUUCACAGACACGAAGUUCCUGUGACUUGUCAACCAAUUAAAAUUGUGCAUAUGGAUGAGGACAUUGUAGUUGUAAAUAAGCCAGCAUCGAUACCUGUACAUCCCUGUGGACGUUAUAGGCACAACACCGUAGUCUUCAUACUGGCCAAGGAGUUCAAUCUCAAGAACCUACGCACAAUUCACCGACUUGAUCGCUUGACAUCGGGACUUCUACUCUUCGGACGCAGUCCAAAGAAGGCGCGCCAAAUGGAGCAGCAGAUUCGCAACCGCCAGGUGGAGAAGGAGUACAUCUGCCGCGUGGAAGGCGUCUUUCCAGAUGGCAUCGUGGAGUGCAAGGAGCCCAUCGAAGUGGUUAGCUACAAGAUUGGCGUGUGCAAAGUGUCGUCAAAGGGCAAGGAUUGCACCACCACUUUCCAGAAGCUUUCCCAAAACGGCACCACCAGUGUGGUGCUCUGCAAACCACUCACUGGCCGCAUGCAUCAGAUAAGAGUGCACUUGCAGUACCUAGGUUAUCCCAUUCUGAAUGAUCCACUGUACAAUCACGAAGUCUUUGGUCCGCUAAAGGGACGAUCCGGCGACAUCGGUGGAAAGUCAGACGAGGAGCUUAUACGAGAUCUCAUAAACAUACACAACGCGGAGAACUGGCUGGGCAUCGAUUGUGACUCGGAUAUAUCCAUGUUCAAGACCACCAAGGACGAGGCCGAUCGGGAAAGUCUCAGCAGUGAGCACACUUCCGUCGUUCAUCACAGCGAUGAUGAUGGGUGCGUCAAUUCCCGGGAAACCACACCACCUUGCACUGAGGCCCAGCAGUCCGAGAGUAGUGUGAAACUAAUAGAACGCACCAAUGCAGCCAAGGAGUAUCCACUGGUGGCACAGAAGUCUUCCUCGGACAGCUGCCCAGCUCCACUGGAGGCAGUGGAGAUUCCAUUGAGCGGAGGUGGCUGCAAUGUGAACAAGGUCACAGUGGAUGAGCAUUGCUACGAGUGCAAAGUGCACUAUCGUGAUCCGAAGUCAAAGGAUCUUAUUAUGUAUCUGCACGCAUGGAAGUACAAGGGCCCUGGAUGGGAGUACGAAACGGAGCUACCGAGUUGGGCCCGCAACGAUUGGGACCAGUUAGACUCGGCAUGAGUACACAAUACUGCAUACGCGUAUGUUAGCAACCAAACAGACCAAAAUCAACAAAAUUAUAUAUAUCAUACAUAAAAGAUGUGCCUUUAAGAUUGGAUAGCAUAGCAUGCGUACGCUUCUGUUAAUGCGUUAUACGAUAAUAUAAUAUUUAUGUACACAAAGGCGUUUAGAUCGAUUGUAUUAUUAUAUACGCAUACUAGGAUCCUAUCAAGUUCACAAUCAACCACAAAUAGGCUAAUCAAAGAGCUGAAAAGACGUGCAAAAAAUUCGAAGCUUUUACUACAAAAUACUAGGUAUAUUUAUAUGUAUACAAGACAUGCACUUAUCUGAAUUAAUGAUAUGUGAAAGGCAAUAUAUUAUACUGUAAUCGGAAUAGACAACUUUAUAGAAAUUAGUUUAUAUGAGUGUAAAGCAAAAUCAUAUACGG